GUCCCAUUCUCCCAACCCCCCCCCAUUGGUGCGCAGGAAAGGGACCAGACCUCACCCAUCGCUCCAAUUCCAAUCUCCACAGGACUUGUUGAGCUUCGAGCAGCUAGUUGCCUACAGCACUAGUAGUCCUUUGGGUCUGGGUUUGGAAGCAAGGCGUCCCAAAUCGCAAGCGAGCGAGCAAUCUGCAGAUGGCGACGCAGUGGUUCUCCAACAUGGUGAUGGACGAGCCGAGCUUCUUCCAUCAGUGGCAGUCGGACGCGCUGCUGGAGCAGUACACGGAGCAGCAGAUCGCCGUGGCGUUCGGCCAGGGGGAGGUGGACCAGGCCGUGGCGGCGGCGCUGACGAUGCCGCUGCAGCAGCCGGCGCCGGCGGCGGAGCACCGUCCGCGCAAGGCGGCCAAGGUCAACACCAGCUGGGACUCGUGCAUCACGGAGCAGGGCUCCCCCGCGGACUCCUCCUCCCCGACCAUCCUCUCCUUCGGCGGCCACGCCGCCGCGGCCGCGUUCGCCAAGGCCGAGGCGCACCAGGUGCCCAGCGCCCCCUACUACGGCGCGCCCGCGAAGGCGCCCAAGCAGGAGGUUGUGGACGCCGGUGCGCCGUCGUUCCACCAGGAGCGCCAGGCCAAGCGGAGCUACGACGCCAUGGUCGCCGAGGCCGCGAAGGUGCCGGUGCCGGCGACCACCCGGCCGGCCUCCCAGAACCAGGACCACAUCUUGGCCGAGCGGAAGCGCCGCGAGAAGCUCAGCCAGCGCUUCAUCGCCCUCUCCAAGAUCGUCCCUGGCCUCAAGAAGAUGGACAAGGCGUCGGUGCUCAGUGACGCGAUCAAGUACGUGAAGCAGCUGCAGGACCAGGUGAAGGGCCUGGAGGACGAGGCUCGCCGGCGGCCGGUGGAGGCGGCGGUGCUGGUCAAGAAGUCCCAGCUGUCCGCUGACGACGACGACGGCUCAUCCUGCGACGAGAACUUCGUGGGCGCUGAGGCCGCAGGCACGCUGCCGGAGAUCGAGGCCCGGGUGUCGGACCGCACGGUGCUGGUCAGGAUCCACUGCGAGAACCGUAAGGGCGCGCUCAUCGCCGCGCUGUCGGAGGUCGAGCGCCUCGGCCUUACCAUCAUGAACACCAAUGUGCUCCCCUUCACCACCUCCUCCCUCGACAUCACCAUCAUGGCCAUGGCUGGUGACGACUUCUGCUUGUCUGCCAAGGAUAUUGUCAAGAAGCUAAAUCAAGCGUUCAAAUCAUCUUUCUGAAGGGUUUAGCUUCCUGAUCAGACAAAGCUUAAUCUAGGCCAACUUUUUUCCCAUCAGCCUCGAGGAUUCGAGGCUAAUGGUUAGUUUCUCAGGUUCUUCCUUGCCAUGCUUCCGAAGAGAGUUGCUUGCAGUCCCCCCACAGUGCCCCCACAAAGAUAGCCAUUUCCACUGGUUUUUGCUGCAUGGGUGCAGAUGAAUUACCUAGUUACCUACCCUCUCCUAUUUUCUCUCCCUCCAUUUUUUACAUGGUUUGAUCUUUUCACUCCAUGUUUUUCGGAGGGAGUAGAGUGUAAAGAAAAUCAGAGACCUGUCUUUUUCUAGGGCUUGUUAUAGGCCGGGGAGUUUGACUUUUACAAAACCUAAUUUUUCUUUCUCCCCUUUGCCAAUAUGUUGCCCUUUCACCGAAACCAUGAGAGAAUAGUGUUUUUCAAACACAAAUACCUACCUUUGCCGUCCUCUCAAUCCUAGUCACACUGUUCCCAAAAAAGCUUCGAUUGUGGAGAAAAUGGUGCUAUCUUUUUUCAGCUCUGAGGGGGACUUUGCAAGCCUUGAUUCGGAAGUACAGUAGGGGUGCCUCUUCCUUUAUUUUUUGAGGGUCCUACAAGUUGGGUUAGCCGCGACUUGAUGGAUCCUUUGCUUGUAGUUUUUCACAUGUGGGUUUUGUUGUCAGUUGUCACAGGAUCAAGAUGUAGUUGUGCUCUCUUGUUUACUCGCAUACAAGCAUAAAAAUAAAUAAAUGUGUUCGGUUGUUACCUUUCA